GUUAUUGGGAUUGGGCUGGAGCGCUCGGACGGACACUAAUUCAUUAAAAUAUGUGGUGAUAACGCGAGCUGCCGAAUUCUGCGUGCAAUUCGUGCGUUUGACGUGGGUACUAACUGCUAUGCUGUCGCGCGGACACUUGUUUUGAUUCGCGGACUGCCAGCCGCACAUUACAACCAAUCCAACCAGCCACCCAGCUCCUCCUCCUCCUCCUCCACCGCGAGAAACAGCUGCUCCAUCACACCACCAAGGCAACCAGGAAGGGCAAUUAAAAAAUCAAUCAGAGGGCCCCCCAAUUGAAAGCUGCAAAGCUGCCGCCGUCGAAAUGUCGCCGCCGAAGAACUGCGCGGUGUGCGGGGACAAGGCGCUGGGCUACAACUUCAACGCGGUCACCUGCGAGAGCUGCAAGGCCUUCUUCCGGCGGAACGCGCUGGCCAAGAAGCAGUUCACCUGCCCCUUCAACCAGAACUGCGACAUCACCGUGGUCACCCGCCGCUUCUGCCAGAAGUGCCGCCUGCGCAAGUGCCUGGACAUCGGGAUGAAGAGCGAGAACAUCAUGUCCGAGGAGGACAAGCUGAUCAAGCGGCGCAAGAUCGAGACCAAUCGGGCCAAGCGUCGCCUCAUGGAGAACGGCACGGAUGGCGGUGAUGGCGAUGGAGAUAACGAAGGCGACGGAGGAGAUCACAAAGCCCCGGCGGACAGCAGCAGCAGCAACCUGGAGCUCUACUCCGGCUCGCAGGACUCGCAGAGCUGCGGCUCCGCGGACAGCGGGGCAAAUGGGUGCUCCGGCGGACAGGCCAGCUCCCAGGUCAAUCCGCUGCAGAUGACGGCCGAGAAGAUCGUGGACCAGAUCGUUUCCGAUCCGGAUCGGGCCUCGCAGGCCAUCAACCGGCUGAUGCGCACCCAGAAGGAGGCUAUUUCGGUGAUGGAGAAGGUGAUCAGCUCGCAAAAGGACGCUUUGAAGCUGGUGUCGCACUUGAUUGACUACCCAGGUGACGCCCUCAAGAUCAUUUCCAAGUUUAUGAACUCGCCCUUCAAUGCGCUCACAGUAUUCACCAAGUUCAUGAGCUCGCCCACGGACGGCGUGGAGAUUAUCUCGAAAAUAGUCGAUUCGCCCGCGGACGUGGUGGAGUUUAUGCAGAACCUGAUGCACUCGCCGGAGGAUGCCAUCGAUAUAAUGAACAAAUUCAUGAACACGCCGGCGGAGGCGCUGCGCAUCCUCAACCGCAUUUUAAGUGGCGGCGGAGCGAACGCAGGCCAGCAGGCGGGCGAACGCAAGCCAUUGCUGGACAAGGAGCCGGCGGUGAAGCCUCCUCCGCCGGCGGAGCGGGUGGACACCGUCAUCCAGAGCAUGCUGGGCAAUAGCCCACCCAUUUCGCCGACUGCCGCUGCCGCUGCCGUCGAUCUGCCCAGCACAUCGAGUAGCCAUCCGUUGCCUUACAUAGCCAACUCGCCGGACUUCGACCUGAAGACCUUCAUGCAGACCAACUACAACGACGAGCCCAGUUUGGACAGCGACUUUAGCAUCAACUCCAUUGAGUCCGUGCUCUCCGAGGUGAUCCGCAUCGAGUAUCAGGCUUUUAAUAGCAUACAGCACGCUGCGUCGCGGGUGAAGGAGGAGAUGUCUCCUUACGGAGGAUGCAGUGCAGCCGGCAGCAGCGGCCAGCAACAGCAGCACCUGCAGCAGCCCAUCUGCGCCCCGUCCACCGCGCAAAUGGAUCGCGAACUGAACGAGGCGGAGCAGAUGAAGCUGCGGGAGCUGCGGCUGGCCAGCGAGGCUCUCUACGAUCCCGUGGACGAGGACCUGAGUGCCCUGAUGAUGGGCGAUGAUCGCAUUAAGCCCGACGACACUCGCCACAACCCGAAGCUACUGCAGCUGAUCAACCUGACGGCGGUGGCCAUCAAGAGGCUUAUCAAGAUGGCCAAGAAGAUUACAGCAUUCCGUGACAUGUGCCAGGAGGACCAGGUGGCCCUGCUCAAAGGCGGCUGCACAGAAAUGAUGAUAAUGCGCUCGGUCAUGAUUUACGACGACGAUCGCGACGCCUGGAAGGUACCCCACACCAAAGAGAACAUGGGCAACAUACGCACUGACCUGCUCAAGUUCGCCGAGGGAAAUAUCUACGAGGAGCACCAGAAGUUCAUCACAACCUUCGACGAAAAGUGGCGCAUGGACGAGAACAUAAUCCUGAUCAUGUGUGCCAUCGUCCUCUUCACCUCGGCCCGAUCCCGAGUGAUACACAAAGACGUGAUUAGAUUGGAACAGAAUUCCUACUAUUAUCUUCUGCGAAGAUAUCUGGAGAGUGUUUAUUCUGGCUGUGAGGCGAGAAACGCGUUUAUCAAGCUAAUCCAAAAGAUUUCAGAUGUGGAGCGUCUGAACAAGUUCAUAAUUAAUGUCUAUUUGAAUGUUAACCCAUCCCAGGUGGAGCCCUUGCUGCGUGAAAUAUUCGAUUUGAAAAAUCACUAAACCGAUUCGAGUCGCGGGCAUUUAAUGCCUGAGAUGUCGAUGAUGUCGCAACCGAUGCCCAAUGAUAGAUGAUCAACGAGCUGUAGUUGUUGUUUUAUGUGUCGCUUGUAAUGUUAGAUUUUAAUCGAAUGUGAUUGUUAGAUUUGCAUAUACUGCAUAGAUUUUAUAUUUCUACAUCAAAGAGAGCAUAUUUAGGAUACCAAGUGCAAAGCAACACAAUCUAUAUGUAAUGUACACCGUUUAACUAGUUUCAAAUAAACUAAACACUGAUGCAAUAAAUAAUAUACAAAGU